AUCGCAACGAAAGUGAUGCCAGCGAGAACGUGCUACAUUUCCACCAUGAACAGGAGUGAGAUGCCCACCUUUGCUGCUCUGGUCAGAGUGGCUGCAGAGAGGAGGAACCUGAUGAACCUUGGCAGACCCAGCAGGAGGAUCACCUUCGUCACCAAUGGCUUGGUCAACAACCUCAGCUCCUACGGGGCACACGUCUUCUCCAUGUGCAGGGGGCUCCCCACCUACAGGGCUCAGGAGGUUCAAGGACCCCUCUACAGCCAACAAUCGUGCACUGCCCUCGACAUCCUGAGACUUGUGGAGCUGAGGUACUGCAGUGGCAAUGGACACAUCCUGAACUGAGAUCCAGCCUUCAGAGGCCCAAAACCAACCCUGAUGCUGCUCUUCCCUGACAUCCCCUCUCCCAAGAGUUUUGUUCUUGGUGGUUCAGAUGCUGAAACACAUCAU